AAGAAGAGGGGGGAGAAUUAUACUAUAAUUUUUCAAAAAUGUCUAAAGUCUGGGGUAGAAUCGGCGCGUGGGCCGCCGAGGCCGAGCGAGAAGAAGAGGAGGAGCGUAAAGCUGCGGCAGCCGCGACCGCUGCUGCUCCGACGCCUGAAUCCAAAGGUUUUCCUAGCCUGAGGGAAGCCGCUAGUGCGAAGCCCAAGAAGACAAAAACGACACUUUCGGAGUUCACCAUGGGGACUUAUUCGUCUUCAGGAAGCAGCGGAGUUGGUGGUGGAGCUAGGUUAACAGACUACAACAGGCUGACACCCGAAGAGAUGAUGCUCCUCCCAACCCGACCCAAAGAACGUUCCGCUGAGGAAAUGGAGCAUGGCCGUCUCGGAGGUGGGUUUUCUUCUUAUGGGAGGUCCGGUCCACCUGCCCGUCGGGUUAACAAUGAGGACAGCGGCGGAUCAUGGGUCUCAGGAAGAAGGCAGUACGGAGGUUUUUCUGAAGAACGACGGCGUCCGCCUUCUAGGGCUUCUGUCUACGAUCAACUCCCGCGUGCAGACGAGAUGGAUAAUUGGAAAAUGACAAAGAAAACAAUCCCGUCUCUUGAUUCGGGCCGGCAAAACCGAUACGGCGGGCUUGGAACCGGAGGAAGCGAUGGAAUCUCCAGGGCCAACGAGGUGGAUAAUUGGACGGCUCGAAAACGACCGAUUCCGGCUCGUUCUUCAACGUUUGGUUCGGGUUUUCCUGACUCCAGACCGGAGACUGAUAGAUGGGCCGGAGGUGGUGGUAGAGGUGGGUUCAGGGAGGAAAGACAUAAAUUUGUAUUGGACCCUCCGAGAGGGGAAGUGAAUGAGCCUGUAGUUAAGACAAAUAAGCCGAAUCCUUUUGGGGCAGCUCGGCCCAGGGAAGUGGUGUUGGCGGAGAAAGGAUUGGAUUGGAAGAAGCUGGAUUCUGAAAUUGAAGCAAAGAAGGCAACUAGUAGGCCAUCAAGUACUCAAUCCAGCAGGUCGGAAGGUCUCCAACAGCAUGGGGUUGAAAAUUUAGCGAAGCUGAGGCCAAAGAUCAAUCCAUUUGGAGAUGCUAAGCCUAGAGAAGUUUUGCUGGAAGAACGAGGUCAGGAUUGGCGCAAAAUUGAUCUCGAAUUAGAACGUCGCAGGAUGGACAGGCAAGAAACAGAGGAGGAAAAGAUACUGAAAGAAGAAAUAGAUCACCUAAAGAAGGAGAUUGAGAACGUUUCAACAUCAAAUUCAGAAUCUGCUGAUGGUGCCCAAUCCACUUUGCGUGAUACGCUUCAUAACAAGGAAAGGGAACUACAGACACUUAUCCAUGAUUUGGAGAACAAAGUUAGAGUUGGGCAGAAAGUUGUGGAAAGGCCUAGUUCUGGAGCUGGCCGAAUUGGCAGCUUCCCUGAUAGUCCACAUUCACAGUCUGGGUCUAGUGAUGGCUCUAGGAGUGUAGAGUUCAGGGAUAGGCCUAGAUCUCGUGAUACUGCAAAUUCAUGGUCAAGGCUCGGUGACGAUCGAAGAGAAUUUCAUAGAGAAUUUCAAGGUGGCAGGGACAGAGGAUUUCUGGGGAAUGGAGAUUUGAACGGGUCAAGGUCAAGGGAGAGAUGGUGAACCAUAAUCGAUACGGUUUCACUAAAUCCUGCCCUCAAAUUUAGACCUCAUGGACAGAUAGUAUUUUGUUAGUCUCACCUGUUAAUUUGUUCUCUUCUCAUUUGCUCUGGUAAAACACAAGAAGGAUUCUUAGAGUAGUGCAGCAUAGAACUUUGCCCUGAUCUUUUGUUACAUUAUUAGGACUCUAAUCUUUGAGAUUCCUUUGGAUUCUGAAGAAAUUAGAUUUACUGGUCUGCCUUUUAGAAGAUAGAACUUAGAUAUGAAACAAAACUCACAAAGUUGUUGGCUGUGUAGAUAUGGGAAGAAUAGAUGUUUGUGGGCACAUUGGGUCUGUUUGAUAUUU